AAACCGACGCCGUUGACGGUCUCAGUAGCGUAGCUUCUAGUAAAACGUCUUUUAUCUUUUAUGAUACUAAUUGCCGUCAUCAUAAUCGUGACAAUAAGUGUAGUUGAUCAAUUAUAAAUGUGAUGUCUUCGGCUUAGAGCACUCAAUCAUUAAAUAAUUCGUGAAGCAUCAAAUGCAGACUUGGUGAGAGGUCCUUGGAAAUUAAAGUUACAGUUCAUAAUUGUCGAAAAGGAACUAUUUCUUGGUCUUGUUGGAAACUUGUUAAGACUGUUGUACUUUUUAUUUUUCUAUUUUCCCUCAGAAGAAUCUUCCUUCCUUCGUCAGUUUUGAUUUGCAUCAGGAUUUUGGGAAAAUGCAUGUUGUUUAACGGUACUACAUGGAACACUACCAAUAGCAACUCUUAAAGUGUUUGAGACAACAGUGAAUUAUUGUACAUGUAUUUAACAAAUUUAAACAAUAAGUAAAAGUUGUUUUGAAUAUUAGAUUCAUACAUCAGCAGUGAAAUCUGGUUAUAGUCCUUCAAGAUAUUGAAUUUCCUUUUUAACAGAUUUAUUGAGUUAUUAUUUGUAGAGAAUUCUGUGAUAGAGUUGUGAAUUGAGCAUAUUGUCAUUACAGAACAGGACAGGACAUAAGGCUAAAAUGAAUCCAGAACAUUCUUUAGAAUUUCCUUUGAAAAGUGAAACUGAAGGUGCAUUAUCACUACCUUCCAUAAAUCAAGAAAACAGCAACUUGGCUGCCUUUAGUGGAACCAGUGAUGAAGACUUUUUGUCUCUGGAUCCAUUGAUGGACAUCAAAAUAGAGCCAGAGGAAUUCUGUGAGUCUAAUGAAGAUGAUGAAUAUUCAUAUGAAAUGAAUUCAACAGUGAAUGAAAAACAUCCACAAACUUGCAAAAAGGAAGUAAAACAAGAAAGAGGGAAUAGUCACAAUGGAGAGAAGCCUUUCAGAUCAACUGACUGUGAAAAAGCAUUGUACAAGAAAACAAAUCUUACAAGUGAUAUCACAAAUCCUACCAGAGAGAAAUUCAUAUGCAAUGACUGUGGGAAAGCAUUUUCCUUGAAACAUAAUCUUAUAGUUCAUAUGAGAAUCCAUACUGGAGAGAAGCCAUUUAUGUGCAAGGAAUGUGUGAAAGCAUUUUCCAAUAAAUCAGCUCUUACAGCUCAUAUGAGAAGCCAUACAGGAGAGAAGCAAUUCAUAUGCAAGGAAUGUGGGAAAGCAUUUCCCAGGAAAGAGCAUCUUACAAUUCAUAUUAGAAUCCACAGUGGAGAGACUCCAUUCAUAUGCAAAGAAUGUGGGAAAGCAUUUUCUCAGAAAUCACAUCUUACACUUCAUAUGAGAAUACAUAGUGGAGAGAAGCCAUUCAUGUGCAACGAAUGUGGGAAAGCAUUUUCUCAGAAAUCACAUCUUACACUUCAUAUGAGAAUGCAUAGUGGAGAGAAGCCAUUCAUGUGCAACGAAUGUGGAAAAGCAUUUUCCAGUCAAUCAAAUCUUAUGAGUCAUGUGAGAUUGCAUACUGGAGGGAAGCCAUUCAUGUGCAAGAAAUGUGGGAAACAAUUUUCCCAGAAAUACCAUCUUACACUUCAUAUGAGAAUGCAUACUGGAGAGAAGCCAUUCAUAUGCAAGGAAUGUGGGAAAGCAUUUUCCAAUAAAUCAAAUCUUACAAGGCAUAUGAGAUUGCAUACUGGAGAGGAAAAAGAAACAACAUGAUAAAAUAAACCAGUUAAGGCAGAGAUCUCUCAAAUGACCAACUAUCUGAGAGAUCAAAAUCACUCACAAAAUCUGCUCAAGAAAAUAAGGAAAUUAAAGAAUAUAGAAUAGGGGAUGAACAAACGAGUGGAAAAUUGGCAGAUCACCAAGCCAAUAUAAAGGCUCUAGCUUCACAAAUAGGAAACAAAUAACAGGAGAUAAAAGUAAAACAGAUAAAUAGGCAGUUUGGUGCAAAUCCAAAGAUUGUAUAGGAAGAUGACGAAAGAAACAGUUGAGGUACGAACACCACAGAGCAAGGAAGACCUAGAGAGAUUUUGGAAGCCACUGUUUGAAGACCCUAGACAACACAAAGAGAAUUCAUGGAUUGACACCAUUAGGCAAAACAGCCAGAAACAGCAAAUGUCACCAAUAAGCUUCACCAUAGAAAAAGUAACAAAACUAAAAGAAUACAGUAAUUUCAAGACGCUAGGAAUAGGCAAGGUCUCAAAUUUCUGGCUAAAAAAGAUCAUAGAACUACACCACACUUAUGCACAAGCCUUUUCAAGAAUAGUAAGAGGAGAAGAAGAAUCAUCAGAGUGGCUCACCACAAGAAAUACCAACCUUCUCCCUAAAAGCUCCGAGACUGAGCUCCCUAACAAAUAUAGGGCCAUCUGCUGACUAUGAACAACCUACAAAUGGGUCAGAGGAGUCAUUGCAGACGAAAUCUAUGAACAUCUAGAUCAAGGCAAAUAUAUGGAAAAAGAACAAAAGGGAUGCACAAAAAACAAACUAGACACUAAAGAUCAACUGCUAAUAAACAAAACAAUAUUAGAAGAUUGUAAGAAAAGACAAAGGAAUCUUGAUAUGGCUUGGAUAGAUUACAAAAUGGCAUUUGACACCGUGCUGUGCACCUGGAUAUUCAAAUCUAUGGAAUUAGACAACAUCAAUGAGGAAAUAAGAUCUUUCUUGGCAGCACAGAUGAGUAAGUGGAAGACCACUCUCUGUCUAAAACACUCUGAGGGCCAGAUAGUAAUUCCAGACAUAAAGAUCCAAAGAGGAAUAUUCCAGGGUGACAGCCUCUCACCACUUCUAUUCUGCUUGACCAUACAUCCGCUUAGUAAAAUCUUGAGGAGCAUUAACACUGUCUAUGACCUAACCAAAAGCAGAAGUAGAAAAGAGAAUGAAAGAGUGAACCACCUACUCUUCAUGGAUGACCUGAAGUUGUUUGCAGACUCAGAAGAAAAAUUGAAAGAACAAGUUAGGACAGUCCACCAAUUCUCAAAUGACACCUGCAUGGAAUUUGGUGUGGGCAAGUGUGCCAAGAGUACAAUAAAGAGAGGGAAGAAAAUAACAUCAGAAGGUAUAAAGGUAGAGGAAGGCAUGUUUGUUGAAGACCUGGCAGAGGAAUCUGCAUAUAAGUACUUGGGAAUAGAAGAAAACACUCAUAUAGAAUACAAGAGAAUGAGAGAAAAGACAAAGAAAGAAUACUACAUCAGCUGCUGAAAAAAGAUUCGUAAGUCAGAAUUAACAUGAAAGAACAAGAUCAAUGCCAUAAACCAGCUGGCGAUACCAGUGGUGACAUAUGGUUUUGGCAUUGCAGACUGGCCACAAGGUGAGUUAGACAAGAUGGAGAUUGAAGCUAGGAAGAUUCUCACCCUACAUAAAGUCACAUACAGACACCAGUGUAUGGACAUAAUAUCUCUCCCUCACAGAGAAUAUGGAUUAGGCCUGCCUGAGAUCAACCAGGCCUACAGAGCAGCAAUAAUAAGUCAAGGAUAGUACUUAAAAAGCUCUGAGGAUGAAAACAUCAAAAAGGUUGCCCAACACCACAGGCUAAGAGCUUCGCAGGAGAUCUGCUAGAAGACAAAGAGGGUACUGAACAGACUCCAGCAAAACAAUAGCCAGGAAGACCAGGCAGAAAUUCAGUCACAGAGAGGAGAAACUUAGAAUGGAAAGGUGGAAAGACCAUGGAAGGGCAGGAAGAUUUCAAGAACUGGAAAAAAGUUACAUAGACAAAGAAGAGUCACUCAGAUGGAUAAGAAAUCGAGAUCUAGGUUAUGAUGGAGAAAGACUGAUAAUAAGAGCCCAAAAUCAAGGCCUCCUGACAGACGGCUUCAAGAAAAUGGUGGACAUAUCAGCAGUAGGAAAAUAUGUAAAGUAUACAGAACUGAAGUGAAAGAAAAAGUGUGGGAGCAUGAACCAGAUCCAUUCACCUCCAGUAGGGCCGUUAUCAUCUUUUAUGACAAGAAAUUCCAACAGGAAGAUAUAUAGAAGGAGGUGCUAUAAGACCUGAUACUGUCAUCUGGAACAAGGAGGAAAAAACAGCAAAGAUUAUAGGUGUGACAGUACUCGGUGACUUUGGCUUCCAUAGAGCUGAAAGGUAUAUAAUAAAAUAUGACAACCUAAAGCACAGGGUAACUGAAGGAAAUAGAAACAAUGUCUGUGAUGGUAGGGGCAACAGGACAUAUAAAGAAAAACCUGAGAAAAUAUCUCCAGGCAAUACCAAGUUGCCCAAGUAUAAACAAGGUGCAGAUUGCUGCUCUCAAAGGAACGGUCAAUACCUUGAAAAGAGCCCUCGGAUAUAAGACUAGUGGAGCAUAGUGGUGCAACCAUAGACCCCAGGCCAGAGCCCAUUGCACCCCUGAUGUAAAUUGUAAAGUAAAAAAACAUAAGCGAGAGAAGCCCUUCAUUUACAAAAAUAUGAGAAAGUGUAUUGCAGGAAACAUCUUAUAAUGCAAAUGAGAAUUCACACUGGAAAGUAGCCACUUACAGUAAACCCUCAAUUAUCUGCUGUAAUAUAUAUUCAAGGCUCUUGUGGAGAUUGGAAAUUUGUGGAUAUGGUAAAAAAUCACUUAAAAAUGUAAAAUAAACCCUAAAUCGUCAGAAUGAGUACUAUCGCUAAUUCACAUCAUCUGCAUAAGGACAUGAUAUGAAGAAUCAGCGCUGAAUGACCAUUAUAGGUCCCAGUGCUUGGGCUUGUCCCUAAAUUUCAUAAUCCAUCCAUCCAUCCAUGAUAUGAAGAAUCCUGACAAGAACGUUAACAUUCCAGGGCCACCUGGUGGGAGACAGGUGAUUACAGAGGCAGUCUUAGUGGGUUAGCCAAGUGUUACUUUUAUUGAUUUUGUAAUAUGCAGAUUACACCUAAUGGCACAAAGAUAUAAGCUGAUUUUAACUGUAAAUAAGUAUCCAAAUAAUUGAUUAGUAUAUGAAAAUUAUUAUUUUAUUCUUAAUUUUUUGGCCUGUAUUGUGACUACAGUACCGUACAGUAUGCGCUAAUUAACAAUACAUUACUGUGCUCUACACAUAAUGAAAAAGCAAACUGUACCGUCAAUUGAAUAAAUGUUUACAAAAACUAUCCUGAAACUCUGUCUCCCUCUCGCAUUCCUGUUCACAUUGCCAGAACUGUUUACAUGGGGCUAACCUGGAAAAUCUCUCUUUUCCAGCAUCAUGAUGCAUACGAGGUCCAUUCAAAAAGUAUCCGACCUUGGUCCAUAAAGUAAAAAAAUUGCACAUUUGAAAUUUUUUUAUUCAAUCACCUUCAAAGUACUCCCCUUGGGAGUGCACACACUUUUCCCACCGGUCCUGCCACUGCUGGUAACAUCUCUGUAAUGUUGACAUUGGGAUGCUGUAAAGCUCUGCUGUCGUUUUUUUCAUAAUUUCCUCUCUCGACUCAGAACGCUUCCCUUUCAGGGUUGUUUUCAGUUUAGGGAACAGCCAGAAGUCACAAGGUGCCAUGUCUGGAGAGUAGGGAGGAUGCCGAACAAGUGGAGUGUUGUUUUUGGCUAGAUAAGCUUGGAUCAAGUGGGCAGAAUGAGCAGGAGCAUUGUCAUGGUGCAGUUGCCAGUUUCGCGCCACCCACAUUUCCGGUCGUUUUUGUCGUACAGCAUCUCGAAGGUGUCGCAUAACCUCCAGAUAAUACUCUUUAUUAAUUG